AUGGCACCGGAGCUCUCCUCGAUGGCGAUGAAGCUGUCUCUCGGUGGCGACGGAGCUCUCUCACGGUGGCUCUCCUUGAAUCUCAAACCGGCUGCGUGGAUCCACGAAACAAGAAGAAGGAACCUCAAAGCAGUGGACUGCAAAGCAGAGCAAUACAGGAUUGCCGCUUACUUUGCGGCAAGUCCAAAGGUUGCAGCCACUGAACAGCGAGACGCAAAUCAUUGCAAGCAGAGGUGGCACAAGAUCAAUGAUCAAGUAAACAAGUUCUGUGGGGCUAUUGAAGCAGCAACUAGAGAGAAAACUAGUGGGCAAAAUGAGAAUGAUGUUCUCAAAUCAGCCCAUGAGAUCUUUUUUAACAACCACAAAAUUUUUUUUGUCUUUGAGCAUGCUUGGAAUGAGUUAAGAAAUGAUCAAAAAUGGUGUGGCCUUAAAUCCGAAGGAAGCUCAAAAAGGAGGAAGUGUCAGGAGGGUUCACAGUCAGAGAGUUCAGCCGCAAAUGAAACAAGAACUGAUGAGGAAGAGCGUCCCCCGGGUGUUAAGGCCGCAAAAGGAAAGAAGACGAAGGUAGAGGGGAAUGAUAGGAUCUCAGAGUUUCAGACCAUGUGGUCCAUCCAACAGCAGGACCUGGUUAUCAAAGAGAGGCUUUCCAAGAUGAUACUACUUGAUAGUCUACUAGCCAGAAAAGAACCUCUUGCUGAUUACGAAGAAGCUCUGAAGAAGAAGUUGAUUAAUGAGUUGUUGUCUAGGUAG